UCUCGCCACCAUGAAGUCAUCAUCUUUGGGUUUUUUCUGCCUGUUUCUACUCCUUAUACAGACUUCCAGGUCAUCUUCACCACCUACAAAUUCAUCUUCAACAUCUACCGAUUCACCUCCAAUAACUGCAGAGUCACCUUCAAUGUCUACCGAGUCACCUCCAACAUCUACCGAGUCACCUCCAACAUCUACCAAGUCACCUCCAGGAUCUACUAACUCACUUCCAGCACCAACCAACUCAAUCUCAACCAACUCAGACCCAACAUCUUCAAUCAAUUCAGACCCAACAUCUUCAACCCACUCGGACCCAACAUCUUCGACCCACUCGGACCCAACAUCUUCAACCCACUCGGACCCAACAUCUUCAACCCACUCGGACCCAACAUCUUCAACCUACUCGGACUCAACAUCAUCAACCCACUCAGACCCAACAUCUUCAACCCACUCAGACCCAACAUCUUCAACCUACUCAGACUCAACAUUUUCAACCAUCUCAGACCCAACAUCUUCAACCUACUCAGACUCAACAUUUUCAACGAUCUCAGACCCAACAUCUUCAACCUACUCAGACUCAACAUCUUCAACCAACUCAGACCCAACAUCUUCAACCCACUCAGACCCAACAUCUUCAUCCGACACAGACCCAACAUCUUCAACCCACUCAGACCCAACAUCUUCAUCCGACACAGACCCAACAUCUUCAACCAACUCAGACCCAACACCUUCAACCAACUCAGACCCAACUGCAACAGCAAACAACUCUGCAUUUUCCUCAACAAUGACAUCAACCAAGUCUACAACUUCAUCAACUAGCAGAAUCACCACCAGAUCAACAACUUCAACUUCAGCUGCAGCCCCAACAGCUCCAGUUCUGUUGCCUGUAGUUCUAAUCGUCGUCAAAGGACUGAUUCAUUAGACCCACUUUGCAAAGACCUUGUAAAAGUAACCAAUUAACUAUGAUUGUUAAAGGAGCUGAUUAGAGUCCUGUAAGAUACGACUUUGGUAUUUGAAAUUGUUUUGACGUGUUGAAGAUCUGACAUGUAAGGUGAUUUUAAUAUUGAUUUUUGACAGCUUGUUGUUGAGUGUAGAUAUUUGAGAUAAUUAAAAUAAUUUGAAAAUAAGAUUAAGUCAACAUCAUUGAUAUUGAGGGAAUAUGGAAUUAAUGACAUGAAUAUGAAAAUUAUAUUUUACAAGAUCUUAAGUUUCAAUUGUUAUGUUACGCAAAUUAAUGUGUGUUGAUCAUUAAAUGCUGAAUAAAUACUUUCAGUUUUUUGUAUAGAAACUAGAGACAUGUGGAUAGGGAUCCAUCAUAAGA